AUGUCGCUGAGCACAGCGGGCGUGGCGGGGGGAAUCGCUCCCGGUGGUGGCGGCGCCGGCAUGGCGAUGGGCCCCGGCAUGGCCUUCGGCGGCACCGGCAUGGGCACGCCGUCAACGUUCCGCCCUCCGCCGUCGGCUCCGCGGGGGGGGGGCGACUCCUGCUGCGGGGGCGGCGGCGGCGGCGGCGGCUACGACCUCCGCGCCGCCGCGUGCGAGGCUGAGGAGGAGGAAUUGGAUGAAGACACGCACGCGUGUCUCGGCGUGGACGUCGGAACGUCGAGCAUCAAGGCAUGCCUGUACCUCAAGGACGGGGGCUGCAAGACCGUCGGCGGCAAGGCUCCUCUACCGGCCGGCAUCCUUAUCGACCGAAAGACAGGGGUAAAGGGCGUCCGCAGGUGGUUGAAGUCCCGGGCUGGUGGUGGCCAGGCCCCAGCCGCUCCCGCGAAGGGCGUCAAGUUGUUCCAUGCCGUGGGAGGGGGCGGGGGGGGCAAGGGCAACAGCAGCAGCGGUAGCGGUAGCGCGGGUGCUGCUGACGGCAACGGGGCUGCGGUGGUGUGGCCGCUGCGGCUGCUGGCGCUGAGGGGGAAGGGCGCGGAGGCGACGCAGCGGGUGCAGUCCUCCCUCCGACACGACAUCGAGGUUUCCUCCGUGGAGUCAAAGGAGGCCACAGACGACCAGGGCGAUGGUGACACUUCAGGAGUGCGGGUGCUGCUGACCUCCCCCGACGCCGCCGAGACCAAGGACCGCGAGGUGUGGGUCACUCCCGAGGAGGUGCUGGCGAUGCUGCUGGCCGGCGUUAAGGCGAAGGCCGAAGAAGCCCACGGCGUGAUGAUCAAGACCUGCAACCUCAGCGCACCCGGCUGCCUCGGCGACCUCCACCGCGUCGCUCUUCAGCGGUCGGUGUUCCUGGCGGGCAUGGUGCCCGGCCGCUUCGUCGGAUCCCCCCUCGCCGCCGCCGUGGGGUAUCUCUGGGGAAGAUCGAACCCCGAGCUGAAGGGCCCCGACGACCUCAUCCUGGCCGUGGGCAUGGGCGCGAGCUUCCUGGACGUUUCGUUGAUAGCCCCCACCCGAGAGGCAUCGCCUCCUUCUGCCGAUUCGGCGGACACCGCCGUUGGCGGCGGCGCAGGCGGUUCGGGCGGCAAGAAGAAGAAAGGCAAGGGAGGCGGCAGCAAGGGGAAGGCCGGCCAAGCGGAGGCGCAAGGGAUGGAGUACCGCGUGCGGGCCUCGGCAGGCGACUCGGCCUGCGGGGGGCUUGACAUGGACUACCUCGUGGCCCGCGCAUUGCUGGCGGCCGUAGAGGACUCUAGCGGACCGGAGGUGGCUUCGGACCGCGCCCUGUGGCGCAACCUGCUGGACUCGGCGAAGCUGCUGAGGGAGCGACUGUCGGCGGACCCCAAGUCCUCGGUUUCGCUGAAGCCCGGCUGCUGCGACGCGGACCCUGCCUUCAAGCACUCGCUCGAGGUGAAGACGGUGGUGCUGUACGGGAGUUGCGCAAAGACGCCAGCGCUGCUGGAGGAGGUUGUGAAGAUGUUCCUAGACGCGCAGAUCGAGCACCCGGGUGUCGGGGACUGCGCCAAGGGGGCCGCGCUUCUGUUGGCCGGUUCGAGGGGGCUGCUCAACGCCCUCCCGGUGACAGGACACGACGCUCUGUCGCACAAGCUGGGGCUCGUCGAUCGCAGCAAGAAGGGUGCCGAGGCUGUGGAGCUGUUCCCCACGGGCAGCCGCGUCCCCUCGUCGAUCACCCGGCAGUUCAGCCGAAAAAGCGCCGGGUCCUCCGGCCUUGCCGUGGACCUGGAGAUUGUGGAGUGGAUGGAGGGGGACAAGUCCGGGGAAAGGGGGUCCGCAUCAUCGGGGGGAACGUGGGUGACGGUGCAGAGGCUCGGAAAUCCGCUCGCGAUGCAGGACGACCGGGGCUACCCCGUGCUUGCGGAGGAGGUGACGACGCUCUUCUCCCUGGACGAGUGCGGCAUCUGCGUGAACGAGGUCGAGAGCUCGGUGCUGCCGAAGAAGGCGGGCGGCCCGGGGUCGCUGAGACGGCUGCUCAACCAGGCUUUGAUCAUCUCGAUUGUGUUUGGCCUCUUUGGCGGAGGUUACUGGUUGCUCUACCGCCUGGAGCACGCGGGGGAGAGGCGUCAAGCGUCGGCUCGGAUCCGCCUGACUAACUUCUACGAACAGCACAAUCCUGAAAAGCUUAGCACCGUGGAAGACGCCCUGGCUCGGUACAAGGGACGUGAGGACAUCUUGUUCCAAAGGCUCAAGAAGCAGUACGGAAAGCCUAUCCCAGCCUAGGGAUCUAUCUGCUGCAGGACAUGAACGUGCUGGUGCAUGUCGCCGAUCGUUCGUGGCUGCUGUGGCGGCGGUGGCGAAGAUUUCGCAGCACAUGCCACUCUCUUCGGAACUGCAAGGAUCAUUCGGAUGUGUCCCAUUGGUCCCUGCAUUCUGAAGAGAGAAAGUGAUAUCUACGAAGUACAUUUUUUUGUGCUCGAGUGUAUGAAUAGGAAUCAUGGUCUCUGCGUGCGUGUUGCAUGGUCAUGGCCGGGUGGGCACGACAUGAGGGCACGCAAGAGAAGCACUGCUCUGCUUGGUGUCGUGGGGCAGGGGGGCGCAAGAGGGGGCGAGAUGCUCACGCUAAAUACUCUGGGAUGUUUUUCCGAUGGCGGCGGUCAGGACGACGACGGUUGUUGAGUGCUGACAACGCCAUGGCUGCUGGGGCUGUCAAAUAUUUUUCGUAUGGCACGUGUGCCGGGCAUGAUGAGCCCGAGACGGUUUUUUGUGUAAAGACAACAAAACAUCAUGACAAGAACGGUACACAUGUGUAAAGCAGAGUUAUUGUUGACGCAACGCAUGGCCGCCGGGAACGGCGUUGUCCGCCGAGUAAU